CCUUCUCCCGCGCUUCCCGCGCCCCCGCCCCUCUCUGUCUUCUCUACCCUGGGAGCAGCUCUCCUGCCUUGGCCCCUCACCCCUGAAAAUGUAUGCCUGCUCCAGGUUCGUCUCUACCCGCUCCCUGAUCAGGAGCACCUCUCAGCUGCUGAGUCGUCCGCUGUCUGCGGUGGAGUUGAAGCGACCACAGAUGCCAACAAAUGAGAGCCUCAGGAGCUUGGUGGUCCAGCAGCCUCUGACCUCGCUUAUCCCUACCCGCAGCUUCCAAACCAGCACUGUUUCACGGGACAUCGACACAGCGGCCAAGUUCAUUGGAGCUGGGGCUGCUACAGUUGGGGUGGCUGGCUCUGGGGCAGGGAUUGGGACUGUUUUUGGGAGUCUCAUCAUUGGCUAUGCCAGGAACCCUUCUCUGAAGCAACAACUCUUCUCCUACGCGAUUCUGGGCUUUGCCCUCUCAGAGGCCAUGGGCCUCUUUUGCCUAAUGGUGGCCUUUCUCAUCCUCUUCGCCAUGUGAAGCAGCCGUCUCCACUUCCACCUCCCAUAGUUCUUUUGUGUCUCGUCUGCCCUGUAUGUUCCUUUUCCUGUAACUCCCCAAGAAGUCUGGGGAAAGUGCUUGGCUCAGGGUUUGACAGAGAGAAGACAAAUAAAUACUGUAUUAAUAAGA